AGGGGAAAGACAGUUCUGAGAAUUGGAACCUCCGGCGGAAUAGGCCUGAAACCCGGCACUGUUGUUAUCACCAAACAGGCCCUGGAUGCCUGUUUCCUGCCACGCUUUGAGCAAGUGAUUCUGGGAAAGCCAGUGGUCCAGAGCACUGAUCUCGAUUCUGAUCUGGCAGAAGAGCUGUUCCAGUGCAGUAAAGACUUCGAUGAAUUUGAAACUGUCAUUAGCAACACUAUGUGCACAAUGGACUUUUAUGAGGGUCAAGCCCGGCUGGAUGGGGCCUUCUGCUCAUAUACAGAGGAAGACAAACAGAACUACCUUAAAGAAGCCUAUGCUGCAGGAGUCCGCAAUAUUGAGAUGGAGUCUUCUGCAUUUGCUGCCAUGUGUAAACUUAGCGGUCUUAAAGGGGCAGUGGUGUGUGUGACUUUGUUGGAUCGUCAGAAGGGAGAUCAGAUGAGCGGCUCUCAAGAAGUCCUUCACGGCUACCAACAGCGGCCACAAAUGCUUGUGGGGCACUUCAUCAAGAGGCGUCUGAAUGCCAUGAGCAGAGGCGUCUUAUCAUCUCCUGAUGCUGACAAGGCAAAGACAACCUGAGAUUGUCAUUAGAAAUGGUGGCCUACUUGCACUGUCAAUUAUACAAAUCCUUUGUUUGCAUUUUACUUUAAGCAUUGCAUUUAGUGUGAUCAAGGCCUUCUUUGCUGAUGAGCCUUUCAUUCCAGCUAAAUCACAUAUCUUGCUAUAUUUUUGUGUUUUUUUUUAUCGAAGUUAUAGAUAAAAAACUGGGAACAUUUUUGUUGGGAAGUUUUAGAUUUAUUACUGAGAUUUAUUGCUGAUAUUUUCAUAACGUUUUGAUAAAGUUUUCAUACUGCAAACAAAGUAUAUUAUGUAAUGCUGCAAGAGAGAGAGAGCAGUGCACAGUGCUUUCCUUGUAUUACAGUUUUUUCUGAUGGCUUAAGCACAUUUUU